GUUCAUUAUUAUAAUGAAACCCAUGCUGUCUGGGAGCCACUGAUUGAAAGAGUGGAGGGGAGGACACCAUGGAACUUAAAGCUUAAUGUAAAGAAGAACCUGACUCAAGAUAAAAGUUUGAUGCCAGGGGAUGAUUUUAUUCCUGAUCCACAAAUGGCUAUACAUAUUUCUUCAGGGGCUACAAUGAAUAUCACUAUAUCCAAAAGUUGUCUUACUGUUUUCAACAAUUUAGCAAAAGGUUUCUCAGAAGGGGCUGCUUCCACUUUUGACUACUCUCUAAAAGACAGGGCUCCUUUUACUGUCAAAAAUGCUGUAGGUGUCCCCAUUACGGUGCAGCCCAAUUGUAACCUCAGGGUAAUGGGCUACCCUGAAAAAAGUGACAUUUAUGACGUGGAUGCUGGUCAGAAUUUGGAGUUGGAAUAUGCCAGUGUGGAGCCGUCGCGUCAAGGGAAGCUGUCGAUACUGAGCCAUCAGGAGAGCACCCUCUUCAUGCUGAGCUUUG